CUGUGCACGGAGGGGGUGCGCAAUGGGGGCGCUGGGCUUUGGGAUGAGGGAAUGGCUGGGGACGAGCAGGAAGAGCGAGGAUGCGGGCGAUGCUCAUGGGAUGCUCCAGCACUGCGGGCUUUGCUGGGGGUGAAAGAUGCCGAGAAGCGCCGUCGGGUGCUCAGGGAUGGGGGGUAACACUCUCGGGGUGCAUGGAGGGGAGGGGGGUCCCGGCCCUAUGUUUGCACAACCCGAGGGCGGACUUGGCACCGCCCUGGGCGCACCGUGUCCCUGCUGUCCCCUGGGCUGCGUGUGACCGCGGUGGCCCCGUGGCCGCGUCCAGCUCGGCUGUCAGCGUCUGCCGGGCUUGGCUGGGAGCCGCGAACGGGCGGAGGAGGAGGAGGAAGAGGGGGAGGCCGGGCGGGAGGCAGGGCCGGCCGCAGCCAGCAGCCCAGCCAAGCGGCGGAGCUCCGGCAGGGCUGGAGGGGCCGCGAUUUGCUGCCUCGUUUAUUUUUUUUUUUUCAUUUCCUCCCUUUGCUUCCUUCCCCUCUUCCGCUUUUCUUCUCCCUCCAUCCCGGCCCGCUCCCGAUGCUCGGGGGCACAUGGAGGGGCUCCGUCCCUCUGAGCCCCCCCGGGGCCCGCACGCCGUGCUGGAGGGGAAGGUGAAGGCGCUGAAGGAGAAGCGCUGCGCUGAGCGGCCGGCGCCCAAGAAGCCCCGCGGCCGCAGGGGGAAGGUUGGAGCCGAGGAGCCGCGGGCGCAGCUCCGAACGUAUCUGACCGACGGGCUGCUGGACGGCGCCGCACAGUGGGGCGAGCAGGGGGGGCUGGGGGGCUCCCCCGGUCUGGUCUCUUCUGGCAAGGAGGUGACGGCGGGCCCGGAGCCGCUGUCCUUGGCUGAGAGGGUGGAGAGGAACCGUCGGCUGCUGCACGAGGUGCUGGGGAUGCACGAGGUGACAGCGAGCGAUGGUGACUGGGACUCAGGGGUCUCACUGCAGGAUGCUGAGGGCUGCAGGGCCUUUGUUCCCGGGCAGGAGCUCGAGCUGAGCCCACGCCAUGAACAGGCCAAGCAGCUGCUGCAGCGCGCCCGCAUGAAGGCUCGCACCAACCCGCUGCGCGCCAGCCACGACCUCCUGCUGCUGCCCAGGGAGCCCAGCGGGACAGCGAGGCCCGGCGUCAGUACACGGGAGGCGGAGGGUCCCGCAGGCGGCAGCCUGAGCGACUCGUCCAGCGGGGAGUCGGGCUGCAGGGAGCCCCGGCGCCCGCGGGGACCCUCCCCUUCCCGUGUGCGCUUCGAGGACGAGUCGGCCCGCGACGCCGAGGUGCGUUACCUGGAGCGGCUGCGGCACCGCCGGGCGCUGGGCUCAGCGCUGGAGCCUCGAGGGCAGCACGGGGAUGGGCCCGUGAAACCCCGGGCUGCUGACAGCCCUGCGGGGGGCAAGUGCCAGGCCUGCGGCUCGCUGCUCGGUGCCGCCGUGCCGGCCGAAGGCAGCCCCGCGGCGCGGGGACGGGAGCGCACGGGUCCCGGUGCCGCUGCCCAGCCUGAGCCCAAGGCCCGGCCGCUGGGUCCCGGGGGGUCCCCGCUCUGGAUCCUGCCCUCCCGGCAGCGCAUCCACACCGAGAAGAUCAAGGAGACUUACAUCGGGAGCGUCGCCCGAGGGGAUGAGGCGGACUCGGCGCUGGAGAGCACCGACACCUCCGACGGCUGCCGGACAGACAGCGAGGAGCCGCGGCCCCGCAGCCCCCACCCGCGGGGACAUCGGGAGCCCCGCGCUCGUGGCCACCGCAGCCCCCGCACCCCAACGCCAAAGGAGAAGGGCGCGAGUGUGGCCGGGGGCUCGGGGACACUUUGCCCCCCAGCAGCGGGUACAGCCGGCGGCCAGGACGGAGGGCACGGCAGUGAGACGGCGGGCAAUGGAGAGCCAGCAGCCCCCUCCUCGAAGCUGGCAGGGCCUUCCCACAGCCCGUCCACCACCACAACAAAGACCUGCUCACAGGUGCCUUGCAGGACAAGCAUCCCUGCCAGCAGCCGCCAGUGCCCGGAGCCUGAUGCUGGGAGCACCCUGCCCCAGCCCAAGGGUGCAGGGCAGCAGCGGGGGCCAUGCGGCCCCGUCUGGCUCCCGGGGAGCCCCCUGCGUGCCUUGUCCACUAAUAACUGCAACAACACCCGUGGGCAGGGCAGUGGGAGCCGCUCCCAACUGGGGGCACAACAUGGGGAGACCAGCAGGACAGACAAGGCACAGCACGACGGGAGCACAACGCUGGGGGAGCCAGCACGGCCAACCAGCCGCAAGGGCAGCGGGGAUGCGGCGUCCUCGGGGCUGAAGCGGCUGCUGUGCAGCCUGAGCCAGAGCACCAAGCAGCGCCUGGGCCGCUUCCGCUGCUACAGCAUGGAGCAGCUGCCCGGCCCCGCACACAGCGGGCACAGCGUGAAGCGGUCGCCCUCACUGCAGGCACUGGUGUCCCCGUUCCGCCAGCCCCAAAAGGCCGCCUCCAUGCACAGCCUGCUGGGCAGGGCGCCCCGAGCCAGCGCCUACCUGCUGCCACAGCCCGGCCAUGGGGACAGGAAGGCGGCCUCGGGACGGCAGCACUCGCUGAGCACGGAGGACAUCGGUGCCCCCGACCGGCCGCGCACAGUGGGCCGCGUGGUGGAGGUGUUCCCCGAUGGCACCAACCUGCUGCAGAUACAGCGGCCACCACACGGCUCCUUCGGCUUCCAGGUCACCUCCGGGCACGGCCGGCCUGACACAGGUGUCUACGUGCAGGAGAUGGAGGACGCGGGCACAGCCAAGCUGUACGCGGGGCUGCUGGGGGUGGGAGAUGAGAUCCUGCAGGUGAACGGGGCUGCGGUGUCGGGCCUGGGGCUGACACGCAUCAGGGAGCUGCUGCUGCAGGAGGACAGACUGGAACUGCGUGUGCUGAGACAGCGCCCGGCUCGGCGGUAGCGCCGCCAGGAGGAGCAAUAAGGAUGUAAUGCAAUAAGGAUGUAAUGUAAUAAGGAUGUAAUAAGGACCUCACCGAGACAAGGGGACUGGGUUUGCCCUGCUUACAUGCAACGCGAGGGUCCCUGCAUGUUGGGAAGCAACAUGGGACCAAGGACUUGCCCUUGGCAUGGGGACACCUCAGCUGGAAGCCUCUGCCUGUGAGAUGGUUGGGUUAUUUAAGUUAUUUCAAGCAAAAGAAACAACCCAAAGAACUGUAAAUAUAUCUAUAUAUAUAUAUACAUAUAUGCAAUGACAACA